GUUUUCACUGGCCAAUUUUUUAGAUGUAGAUCACCAGGUCUUUCUUCCUAAUCUUAGUCUGGGAGCUCUGCUGAAAUUUGUCCACCAGGGGUGACCCUGCUGGUAUUUGAAAUAGUGGUGCCAUAGCUUCUGGCAUCACGGCGAUACACAAGCCAGCUUCAUUGAGCAGUGUCAUUCAUUAAACAACUAUUUGUUGAGUGUCUACUAUAUGCCAGGCCUAGCAGGGGACAGUCCUCCCAGAGCAGACUGACCGGUACAUUAGGACAUACAUUGGGAAAGAGCAACUUGUUAAUCUAAAUGAGUCGCUAAUCAUUCUGAGCAAAAUCCAUUCCUGCAGCUGGCUGCCAGCACUCCAGAUGUGUCGGGGAUCCAGGGCCAGCCACUUGAUCCACUUCAGAAACAGCCGCACUGGAGACUCUGAGGACUAGGAGAGGGUGUGGGAUUAUGGCCUGUGUUGGUGAGCCCUGCACCCCUUCAACAGCCAGUUCGUUCAAUGGGCACUUAGCGCCACUCACACUGACUGGCUGGACCUCACAAUCUGAUACUGAUGAGCAUGGCUCGACAUGUUAAUUUUUUUCCAUAAGCCUCUGUCCAGAAAGACUUUCUUUCCAAAAUACUAAUAACAAUGAGAUUGGGCUAGUCUAAACAAUAUUCCCUUACAAUGAAAUGGAAUAGGCACAUUAGUGAACAUAUUAAAAAUGAAACAUUCCUGUUUGGUAAAACGCUGCCAAACAGCAUCCCCUACCCCAAUGCCGUGAGAUCCCUGAGCCAGAAAACUUAGAAGUCUCCGGACAGAUACAGAGGCUAUGGGAGUCAGGGGCCCUGCUGCUGGCCACCGCAAAGAGCUAGAAGCCAGGCCUCCUCAUUCCUAGUCCUGCCAACACCAAAUACUAAUGGCUGUAGGAUGCAGGGCAAGUCGCUUAGCAGCUGUGAACAGCAGUUUUCUCAUGGGCAUAAUAACAAUGAUAGUAUCUGGCCUGCCAGCCUUACAGGGACAUAGUAAUUUAGUGCUUUGGCAAUAAAGAACUAGGCAAGUGUUGGAUAUUAGGUUUAGCCGCGAUAGUCAUUUCAAUAAUAAACCAAAGAGAGUGAAACAGUGGCAAGCUGCUUGAAGUUAACUAGUAAGGCUACCCCUAAAGCUGGCUGGUACUAGCUCUACCCUCAGAAAGGAAGGAACCUCUCUUGGCCUGAGACACCUGUGAGCUGUCCCAGCAGAUGACCAGUCUCCCUCCCAUUCAAGACUACAGCCAGAAAACUGGAAUGGCCAAGUGGUGGCCCAGGCAGACUAUUAACUGAGACUACCUCCCACUCUGCACAACUGCACAGAUCUCUGGGGCUGGUUCGGUUGAACCUCUGAGCAUCUACGAGUCAGGGGCAAGCAGAGAAAUGUGGGAUUCCUGCCUUCCCCCACUUCUGCUGCCAGAAGCUGAAGUCAAAAUGGAGAGCUAUCUUCUGGCAAUGCAAGUGUGUUAGUGGGAACAAGACUGAAACACCAGAAACUGGGAUUCCAGGACACAGAAUAGCUACUGUUUACUUCGAAAGAGCCCUGGUGGCAUAACGGUUAAGCGCUUGGCUGCUAACCAAAAGGUUGGCAGUUCAAACCCACCCAGUGGCCCUGCGGGAUAAAGUCCUGGUGAUCUGCUUCUGCAAACAUUACAGCCAAGAAAACCCUAUGGGGCAAAUCCACUCUGUCACAUGGGGUUGCUAUGAGUCAAAAUAGAGUCAAUGGCACCCAACAACAGCAGGUACCCUUCUAACUGUUUUACGUAUGUGUUGUAUUCGUUUCCUGUGGCUGCUGUAACAAAUUACCACAAAGCUUUGUGCUUAAAACAACAUAGAUGUAUUACAGUUCUGGAGGUCAAAAGUCCAAAAUAGGUCUCACUAGGCUAAAAUCAAGGUGUCGGCAGAGUUGCGUUCCUUCCAGAGGCUCUAAGGGAGAAUCCAUUUCCUUUUCCUUUUCCAGCUUCUGAGGCCGCCCACAUUCCUUGGCUCGUAGCCCCCUUCCAGUAACUGCAUCACUCUGACCUCUGCUUCUGUGGUAGCCUGUCUGGAUAAUCCAGGAUAAUCACCCCAUCUCAAGGUCCUUAACUUAAUCGCAUCUGCAAAAUUCCUUUUGCCAUGUAAGGUGACAUAGUCACAGGUUCUGGGGACUUGGACACAGACUUCUUGGCGGGGGGAUUGUGCUGCCUCACAUACUUGCAAUCCCUAGCUCUAGCAGACGACAUGUUCUAUCAUUAUUUUCCUUUAACAGAUAAGAAGCUGAGGUGUAGGAGGUUUAUGCAACCUGCCCAAGCUCAAGCCGCUAAGAAGAGGCAGAUCUGGGACUCCAAUCUAAGGCAGUCCGGCUUCAGAGCCACCUUUUCUGAGAUGAAAGGCAGGAGACUGGCAGGAAGGGGAGAGGCCUGGAGUCCGGCCACUCCCUGACCCAGCAGACUGGUUUCCAAGUGUUAGUUUCCUGAGUAGAUGGUACAGGGCACAUUUCUGCCUAGGUCCUAAGUCCAGAGACCUGGAUUUUAGGUCCAGUCCUGCUCCUAGCUCACUGAGAGACAUAGAGCAAACUCCUUCCACCGUCUUCAAUUUCCUCAUCUAUUAAGUGGUGGGUGGGGAGAAGCUGGGGUGGCUGCUCUCCAAGCUCCUCCCAGCUUGGAUACUCACGGGUUCCAUGACUCAGGUCCUGUCAGUGACCUGGUGUUGGAUGUCCUGGGCCUCCCCACAGAAAACUUACACAACAGCCCUGCAAACAUCAACACAUACACAGCGCUUUACAUUCGCAGAGUCUCCUGUGGUCCUCCAACCGUUCUGCAAACCAAGCAUUCUUGUCCCCACUUCACAGUUAGGAAACUGAGGCUCAAAGACAUUACAUAAUUGGCUCAAGAUCCUCCAGCAAGUUGGAGGCAAAAUGAAAUGAGAAACCAAGGUCUCCUGUCAUCUCCCAGUCCGGGAGUCUGCCCUCCACACCGGUGAUUCCCCAGGGCUGGUAUCCAUCCUUACUUGUGUGUGAUCAAAUAAAAAUAUGAACAGUGCAGAGUUUUCCAUUAAGACAUGUGUAUUCAAUUUAUGUGAGUUGCCCUUUAUGCUGAGAUCAUGUCCUUUUUGGGUGUUAAAAAGUCUUUUCUUUUUUGAAGUAAUAGUAGAUGGUAGGGGGCUUUUGGGGGGGUGCAAACAGUUUUGAAAGGUUGGAGGUUCAUAUCCACCCAGAUGCACCUCAGAAGAAAGGCCUGGUGAUCUACUUCCAAAAGCCACUGCAAACCCUACGGAGCACAGUUUCACUCUGACACGUGGGGUCCCCACGAGUUGGAAUCAACUUGAUGGCAAGUGGUUAAUACUUUUACAUGACAAAAUUAAAAGUUGGCAACUUCAUGUUGGUCUGUAGGGCUUGUUCUGAAAUGUUAGAGGUCUCUGAAAUCUCAAAGUCUGGGAAGUACCGAGCAACACACUCUCCCCGAGCAAGUGGCUAUUGCCCCAGGUUCCCUUAGGUCUGAUCGGUUUGGGAGGUCUGGGGAUGAGUGGGAGAGAGGUGUGUGGAGGGUAGAGAGAGGGUGCGUAGGGAUCUGUUGGGAUCAGACAUGAGACAGAGUGUUUGUGGGAGGAAUAUCCGCUGCCUUUACAGGGGAGGGGAGGAAGGGGCAAGAGGCGGGGUGUGAAAUAAUCUCCCUGGAAUGCAAGGGGAGGGGGAGGGGAGGAAAUCUCCCUGAGGAGUCCCAGGUGUCCCCCUCCCUGGCUGUGUAGGCACAACAGACAAUGGGGCGUACACACACAUCCAGGAGGAGAGAGGAUGGGUGCAGCUGACCCCGACCCUAAAAAAAAGACUGGGGACCCACAAAUCUGCAACCACCCCAUUCCUGCCCCCACCUGAACCCCUGACCCCUAGCCCUGCAGCUUCCUGUUUGCCCACUCUAUUUGCCAGGCCCCAGGCACACAGCUGACCCUUGAACUCUAGGCUCCACAUCGCCAGGACCAGCAACAGGGCCCAGGUUGAGCUUAUCAGCUGCCCAGCCCUUCCCCUGCCUGGAGAUAUAAAUAGGUCCAGGGGAGAACUGGCCACUCAGAGGUUCAGAAGCUGCUGGGAGCUCGAGGUCACCCACGUCCCUUCAGGAUGAAGGCUGUAUUGCUGACCUUGGCCGUGGUAUUCCUGACGGGGAGCCAGGCUCGGCAUUUCUGGCAGCAAGAUGAACCCCAGACGCCUUGGAAUCGAGUGAAGGAUCUAGUCACCGUCUACUUGGACGCAGUCAAAGACAGUGGCAGAGAUUAUGUGUCCCAGUUUGAAGACUCUGCACUGGGUAAACAGCUCAACCUGAAGCUCCUGGACAACUUGGACACCCUGAGCAGCAGCUUCACCAAGCUGCAGGAGCAGAUAGGCCCCGUAACCCAGCAGUUCUGGGAUAACCUGGAAAAGGACAUCGCCCACCUGCGGCAGGAGAUGAACAAGGACCUGGAGGAGGUGAGGCAGAAGGUGCAGCCCUACCUGGACGACUUCCAGAAGAAGUGGCAGGAGGAAGUGGAGCUCUACCGCCAUAAGGUGGGGCCGCUGGGCGACGAGUUCCGCGACAGCGCGCGCCAGAAGCUGCAGCAGCUGCAGGAGAAGCUGAGCCCGUUGGCCGAGGAGCUGCGCGACCGCGCCCGCGUCCAUGUGGAUGCGCUGCGCUCGCAGCUGACCCCGUACAGCGAGGAGCUGCGCCAGCGGCUGGCCAGCCGGCUCGAGGCGCUCAAGGAGGGCAGCUUCGCCGAGUACCGCAGCAAGGCCUUGGAGCACCUGAGCGCGCUCGGCGACAAGGCCAAGCCGGUGCUGGAGGACUUCCGCCAGAGCCUCCUGCCCGUGUUUGAGAACCUCAAGGUCAGUUUCCUGACCGCCGUCGAUGAGGCUGCCAAGAAGCUGAACGCCCAGUGAGGCGCCCGCCGCGCAGGGCCCUCUCCUCCCGCCCUCCUGGCCAUUUUGGGUUUCUUAAAAUAAACGUUUCAAAAUUGGGAAGCAGCUUCUUUCUUUUGAGAGAACGGCGGUGGGGCACGGGGCGCAGGAGGGAGCCGUCCGGACUGCUGGGCGGGGGCUUUGGACCAGGG